AGUGUUUUUUUUCUCCCUAAGCUCACUGGACGUAAGCUCUGUGGCUCUAGUGUAGCGUCUUGACAUGCAGUUGGGAGGAAAUUUGACACAGCCCUGGCCAGUCAGGUAGACUGGCAUCAGUUGUAGGUGUAAAGGUGUUCCAACCGCAGCAGUCUGUUUCCAAGUGGUCUGUAGCCUUGUUUUGAAAAUGAUAAAAGCAAUAUUAAUAUUCAACAACCAUGGAAAACCCAGACUAUCGAAAUUCUACGAGCAUUAUACUGAAGAUACAGAACAACAGAUCAUCCGAGAAACGUUUCACUUGGUAUCGAAGAGAGAUGAAAACGUCUGCAACUUCCUGGAGGGUGGCAUUUUAAUAGGUGGCUCUGAAAACAAGCUGAUCUACAGACACUACGCCACCCUCUACUUUGUCUUCUGUGUAGAUUCAUCAGAAAGUGAACUUGGGAUUCUAGAUUUAAUACAGGUGUUUGUGGAAACCCUGGACAAAUGCUUCGAGAAUGUCUGUGAACUUGACUUGAUUUUCCACGUUGAUAAGGUCCAUAACAUCUUGGGGGAGAUGGUGAUGGGUGGAAUGGUUUUGGAGACCAACAUGAAUGAGAUCAUCACGCAGGUGGAUUCGCAGAAUAAGCUGGAAAAAUCAGAGGCUGGUAUUGCUGGAGCCCCGGCUCGUGCUGUAUCAGCGGUGAAGAACAUGAACCUUCCGGAAAUGCCCAAAAACAUCAACAUCGGAGACAUCAGCAUUAAAGUGCCAAACUUGCCCUCUUUCAAAUAGCAUCAUCUGUUAUCGAAGGGAUGUUCCAUAGCAACACCUGUUAUCGAAGGGGUGUUCCAAGCUGUGACUUCUGUUACUAACCCAGAUAGGUUAACUCAGAAUUAGUGUUAAAAUCUUGUCAUAGACGAGUAAUGUCUUUAUUUUCAGAGAAAAAGAAAGCCGUAAGGCUUUUUUCCACAUGAUCUGAGUUAACACAUCCAGGUAAGUGACUAACUUUGGGGGUAUACUACAAAGGUGCCUAUGCGUAUCUAAUUUUAAACCUGAUGGAGAAAAGAAAGAGAAGGAAAGAGCCUGUCAGCAUUUGUCGAGUUCAGAGAAUGAAACCCUUGGCUCUUCUGUGAAUGACUUUAAAAAACUGCCUCUGACUUAAACAAUCCAGUUUUAUCCCUUUGCCAGCCUUUGUAAUAUACUCCUCCUGCUUUCUGGAACACCCCUCCCACUCCAGUGGCCCACAUGCGCUCCAAAGGAUGUUUACUGUAUUGUGUGUUUACCAAAAUGAAGCAAAUAUCAAAUGACAUCAAAGACAAUGAAGGUACUCCAUGUGUUAUUCUUUUUAUGUACAUUUUUCUCUGAAUGUUUCCCUCUGGUUUGGAUUUUGUUUUUUUGUUUUUUUGUUUUUUCCAUGUAAUUGUUGUUGCAUUCAUAGUUUGUGUCCUUGAAAACAAGACCUCAGUGUUCUUUUAAAAAUGAUGCCCUUUGUCCUUAAGUAUUUGGCUGCUCCAGUAUUUGAAGACCAAUCAUAUCACGCUGUAUCUUUGUACAACAAAUGAAUCAAACAUAAAUAUUAAAUACUGUAUAUAAAAUAUAUAGAUAUAUCAAAUAAUAAUGUUAUUUGCUUCGGUUGUAGUAUAUGCUGAGGUAUUUUAAAGGAUCCUUUUCUUAUGAAAGUACAAGUGAACUUUUUAAAUGUGUAAAUCUAAAGAGGUUUCUGAUGUUUUCCCCUCUUUCUUUAACACAAUAAAAUAUUUAAGCAUUGUA